AUGUAGUUAAACACAAAUAGCGUGAGCCUGUAUUACAUGGUGUAGCAGUGUAUGCUCAAGUGACCUCUCUGUGGUCUCAGGUCUAUUUGAUCUAGAGUUUGAUGCAAAGCUCAGUGAGUAAAAGGAAAUUCCUUAUUAGCCCAAUGCCUUUUCUACACUAGGGGCAGAGACCUUAUGUUCAAUGGAGUCCUUUUCCUCUUUCUACCUGCCCCUUGUCCUCAUCCAGAUCUGGGAGAAGGAAAGAGAGGCUUUCUUACUUAUCAUACAUCAGUUCAUCUGCCUAACAGGUUGCCCCUGGGGCCAGUCAACAGGAUGAAAACUCGCUCAUUUUAAUGCUGCAGACUGGAUGUUUGAUUUUCUAUUCUAUUCUACUUUUCAGACUAUAUUUUCUGUGAGUCCUGAUCCAGUGACACAAAUGUGCUGCAAUGGUGACAUAAACUAUUGACUGAGACUGGAAGUAUCUGAAACACCACCUUUUCUUCUUUCAUUUUGUUUAUGGUGCUUCUGUUGGAACAGCCUAAGCAAAGUAUAUACAACAUGAGUUUUAUCCUGAAGCUGCACAGACAUUUUCAAAGGACGGUUCUUCUGCUUGCCACAUUCUGUAUGGUGAGCAUUAUUAUUUCUGCGUACUACCUGUACAGUGGCUACAAGCAGGAAAGUGAGCUGUCUGAGAUGGCUGCAGAAGUAGACUGCGGGGACUUCCAGCACCUACCGUAUAGGCCGAUGGAAGUGAAGACAGUGAAGCUCUCGGAUGCCUCGAGGACAGACCCCACGGUGCUGGUGUUUGUGGAAAGCCAGUACUCGUCACUUGGUCAAGACAUCAUUAUGAUUCUAGAAUCCAGUCGAUUCCAGUAUCACAUUGAAAUUGCUCCCGGAAAAGGGGAUCUCCCAGCACUUAUAGAAAAAACUAGAGGCAAAUAUAUGCUCAUUAUUUACGAGAAUAUUUUAAAGUAUAUAAAUAUGGACUCUUGGAAUCGAAGCCUUUUGGAUAAAUACUGUGUUGAAUAUGGGGUAGGCGUCAUUGGAUUCCACAAAACCAGUGAGAAGAGCCUACAGAGCUUUCAGCUGAAAGGUUUCCCUUUUUCUAUCUAUGGAAACCUUGCUGUGAAAGACUGUUGUAUUAAUCCUCAUUCUCCAUUGCUUCAUGUGACCAAAUCUUCUAAGCUUGAAAAAGGUUCUUUACCGGGAAGUGACUGGACAGUUUUCCAGGUUAAUCACUCAGCCUACCAACCAGUAAUAUUUGCCAAAGUAAAGACCCCAGAAAACCUUUCUCCUCCCAUCUCUAAAGGUGCUUUUUAUGCCACUGUUGUACAUGACCUGGGGCUCCAUGAUGGAAUUCAAAGAGUUCUUUUUGGCAACAACUUGAGCUUUUGGCUGCACAAGCUCAUCUUCAUAGAUGCUGUUUCCUUCUUGUCAGGGAAGAGGCUGACAUUGUCCUUGGACAGGUACAUACUUGUGGAUAUUGAUGAUAUCUUUGUGGGAAAGGAAGGCACAAGAAUGAACACCAAUGACGUGAAGGCCCUGCUUGAUACUCAGAAUCUUUUACGUGCACAAAUCACAAAUUUUACGUUCAACCUGGGAUUUUCAGGGAAAUUUUACCAUACAGGAACUGAAGAGGAAGAUGAAGGGGAUGACCGUCUGUUGGGAUCUGUGGAUGAGUUCUGGUGGUUUCCACACAUGUGGAGCCACAUGCAGCCCCACCUCUUCCAUAAUGAGUCAUCUUUGGUGGAGCAGAUGAUUCUCAACAAAAAAUUUGCCUUAGAGCACGGCAUUCCUACUGACAUGGGCUACGCGGUGGCCCCUCACCAUUCAGGCGUCUACCCUGUGCACGUUCAGCUAUACGAGGCCUGGAAGAAGGUUUGGAAUAUUAGAAUCACCAGCACUGAAGAAUAUCCACACCUGAAACCAGCCAGAUACCGGAGGGGCUUCAUCCACAAAAACAUUAUGGUUCUUCCAAGACAAACCUGUGGGCUUUUCACUCACACAAUUUUCUACAAAGAAUAUCCAGGCGGUCCAAAAGAGCUGGAUAAGAGUAUCCAAGGAGGUGAACUUUUCUUCACUGUGGUCCUCAACCCAAUCAGCAUUUUCAUGACCCAUUUGUCCAACUAUGGAAAUGACCGACUGGGAUUGUAUACCUUUGUGAAUCUGGCCAACUUCGUGCAGAGCUGGACCAACUUGCGACUUCAGACUCUGCCUCCAGUGCAGCUGGCUCACAAAUAUUUUGAGCUCUUUCCUGAUCAAAAAGACCCUCUCUGGCAGAAUCCCUGUGAUGACAAACGCCACAGAGACAUUUGGUCUAAAGAAAAAACCUGCGAUCGCUUACCAAAAUUCUUGGUAAUAGGACCCCAGAAAACUGGAACCACUGCUUUGUAUUUGUUCCUGGUUAUGCAUCCUUCCAUCCUUAGUAACUCCCCCAGCCCAAAAACCUUUGAGGAGGUACAGUUCUUUAAUAGAAAUAACUACCACAGGGGGAUUGAUUGGUAUAUGGAUUUCUUCCCUGUCCCAUCUAAUGUUACCACUGACUUUCUGUUCGAGAAGAGUGCCAAUUACUUCCACUCAGAGGAAGCUCCUAAAAGAGCAGCUUCUCUGGUCCCCAAAGCCAAGAUCAUCACCAUUCUCAUUGACCCAUCAGACCGAGCAUAUUCCUGGUACCAGCAUCAGCGAUCACAUGAAGACCCCGCAGCUCUGAAGUUCAGCUUCUACGAAGUGAUCUCAGCCGGGCCCCGUGCACCCUCCGAGCUUAGAGCCUUGCAGAAGAGAUGCUUGGUCCCAGGGUGGUAUGCCAGCCACAUCGAGAGAUGGCUUGUUUAUUUCCCUCCCUUUCAGUUGCUAAUUAUCGAUGGACAACAGCUAAGAACUGAUCCUGCUACUGUGAUGGAUGAAGUCCAGAAGUUUCUAGGCGUUUCUCCUCAUUAUAAUUACUCAGAAGCUUUAACGUUUGAUUCUCAUAAAGGUUUCUGGUGUCAGUUACUGGAAGAAGGUAAAACAAAAUGCCUUGGAAAGAGCAAAGGAAGAAAAUACCCUCCAAUGGAUCCUGAUAGCAGAGCAUUUCUGUCCAGCUACUAUCGUGAUCACAACGUGGAACUCUCCAAGCUGCUGCACAAACUGGGGCAUCCUCUGCCCGCCUGGCUGAGACAGGAGCUGCAGAAAGUGAGAUAGCACUGAGAGGAAACUUCUCGAGACUCGGCCCCAUUGUAACGCUCACCUCUCCCAAAGCUUCCAGAAGCUACCAAAAGGCUGUGUAAAAAAUAUACCUCUUCAAAGGAGAAAAAACAAAAAAAAAAAGAACAAAGUUCCUUCCAUGUGCUGGCACUUGGAUGAUUAGAAACAAAAAAGAGAAAGUUACAAGCCUUGAGACCCAGGUCCUUUCUCUUAACCGGUGUCUGAGCCUGUGGGAUUAUUACAGACUACUGUGCACUCAUGUGGAAAUCAAUAGCAACCAGUAUAAAUAUCAAACACAGAUGCAGAACUGUUCCAUUUCGUAGUAAUAUUUACACUUUUAUAUAUCAACUAAGAUUGUGUCUCUGUAGAUUUUUAGACCGCUGUUUGCCUGUACAAUGUUUUCUUAUUCUUUGAUUCUAUAAAGUGUCCUACAAAGAAGCAAAGUAAACAUCACAACGUAGCAUAAAACACCAAAGUGUAAUACUCAUCAAAAAUGCUUGCCAAAAUAUAAAUUCACUAAGUAUUUAGAAAGAAUUAUCAAUUACAAUUUGUGCUAGAGCAGACUGGAAAAGUUACGUAUGAGCUUUACCUGCAUCCAAAAAAAAAGAAAAGAUAAGUGCUAUAGAAAAAAAAGUGAUUUUUCAUACACAUAGUCUAGUGCAUUCAUGCAAAAGUUACUAACUUUUCUAUCAUAACAUAAUUGCUAUACUGAAAGAUAUGUUGUGAAGCCAUUGGAUGAGAAAUAGAAACACACUGAGUAUACCAAAACAGUAAACAAUAAUCUAAAGUGUACUAACUAAAUCCUCUAACAGGACAAAUUGUAGGUGUCUAAAGAUAUAUGAUUGACAACUUAUGUUCCUUUUCUCUGGGCUGCAAAUCAACUCCAGUAGUCCUUACUGGUUCUAUAGAAAUGCUUGCAUAGAAUCUGAGGUGUGUAUCAUCUCCAGAAACAGAUUGACUUACAAUGUAAAUAACUGUUUUUUAAUGUUCCCCAGCAUAAAACCUAUUAAAUGAAUACUAAGGACAAUUUCUCUAGACGAUAUAUUGGGUUACUUAUGUUAAAUUAUAGAAAAAGUACAUUUCUUUAGAUAAUUCAGAAUGAAAAUAUGUAAUGUAGAGAUCUAUUACAAAAAACAAAUUAAUAUAUGAUUUUUAAUCUGAUAUUUGCAGUAAUACAACGCAGAAAAAUAUAAGCAAAGCCGAAUCCCAUUUUUUUAGAGUAUUUCAUACAUCAUUCUUAUGGAAGACAAUAGGAAAUAGUUAAAUUUAGGGAUUAUCUACUAAAUUAAAUGGAAGAAGUACAAAGAUGAACCAGGCACAGUUCUUAAAAUAUAUUUACACUUAAAUUUUUAAUGAUUAUAUGAUUAAUAAGACAUUCAAAAAAUAAAAUGUCAUACUUAUUUUCCUGUGUUUAUAUUUACUUAAAUUUUAAAUAUACUGUACACAUAGGAAAUUAAGUAGUAAAUAAAUUCCCUGCUAUGAUUACAUAAGCCUUUGUAAAAUGUUACCAAAAGUAUGAUUAGAAAAAAAAGAUAUGCCCAGAAAUUUUCAUUGUCACUUUAAUGUGUAAAACUAAACUCUAUUGAUGAUUCACUAACUAGAAAACAAAUUUUGAGAUCCUUCCACUCACUAUAAAUUUUUUAAAUUACAUUAUAAUUAUUAGUGAAAAUGUUUAAGUGUUAUGAACUCAAAUGACACACUGAUUUUGCAACAAACAGGCUAUUGGCAGAAACAAUCAGUUUUUAAGACCCCUGACUGAAAAGCAAAAUCAAAGUCAUUUGGAAAAAUAUGUCAAACUCAAUCUUCACGCUUAUGCUGCCUGUUUUGAAGCAGCACAUGUUAAAUAUGCUGGGAAAAUGAACAUGGUCUUUUGUCUCCACUAAUUUAAGAAACCGUCUUAAGAGGGUCAAACAUAGUGAGACUAGGCCCCAGCAGUUACAUACAGUAUCAUGUUUUCAUUUUGACAACAACAUUUCUACUGAUAAAAAAGGAAAAGAAAAACUGAUACGCUAUGUUUCAAGGAUGAGAUGUGCACUUAAACUUCUGGCCCAAGCUACUGGCAUAAUUUCAUUGAGGUAAACUGAGUCAGCUACACAGUUUGCCCUUUAAGAAAUGUUAAAAACACACUGGAUGCUUGUGUAAUGAGAGGAGAAACAAGAAGAGAUCAUACCACAAUGUGCUCACUCAUAGUACAGGUAUUAUGCUACCGAGAGCAGCAAACCUUUGAAAGGAAUUUUGACCGCUCCAUGUAUCUGAGAGGCAACAUCAAAUUCUAGAGGACAUGCGUACUUUCUACAUUAUAUCUUCCAGCUGGUUAUUAUGCUCUUCUGAAAAUAACAUAAAUACACAUGAGAAAAGAAUGAGAGAUAAUGUGAUUUUCAACUAGCUUUGUAUAGAGUUCCUUUUUCAUUGCUUAACAUAUGAAACUUCCUCAGGAAGAAAUGAAAUGGUUAUUUCAAUGUUUAUAGCUAUAGUAUCCUCGUCAUUCACAUUGAAUGAAAAUUACUGGAAACAUUUUUUUCUCUGAGUUUUUUAAAAUAAAAAACCUGGAUAUAACUCUGACGGUAGCAUGGUACCUCAUAUGUACAACAAUAAACUGUGAUAAGAAA